UACUAAUAAGUUAAAUAGUUAUCUUUUGUCACAAGUGACUUCAUAAUUGAAUAUUUGUCCAAACAAUUAUUAAAUAGAAGUGAUAAUUUCGACAUACCAAACGCACUCAAAAUUCAUGAUUCAAAAUGAGAUGUGUGAACAUUUUGUAAACUGUGCAAAAAAAACCAAAAAUAUAAACAAAGUACACAUUUCCAGUAGCUAAUUGGGAAAUAUUUUCAAAACUACCGAUCUUACGUGGGAUAAAAAGCUGUUCUCUUACAGUAAAUUUAAAUAAACGUUUGUUUUGUGUUUAAAACUUUAUUUGCAGAUAUUAUUGGUCUCACACCUAUCGCGCCAGCCAUGCAGUCUUUGGACGAGAAAUGGGGUGAGGAGAAGUCACAGAUAGCAACUUGGUAUGCCGGCAAAAAUAUACUGAUAACUGGAGCCACAGGUUUCAUGGGCAAGGUGCUGGUUGAGAAAUUACUCAGAAGCUGUCCCGACGUCAAGGGUCUAUAUUUGCUGAUUCGCUCGAAACGAGGUCUAUCGCCGGAAGUUCGUAAAGAGCAAUAUUUAAAAUGUGUGAUUUUUAACAAUUGCUUGGAACUCAAUCCUGAAAUUGGCAAAAAGAUACACCUCAUUGGAGGCGACGUCUUGGAAGACAAUCUUGGUAUUAAACCCGACGAUAGAAAUGUUUUAAUUCAAACUAUCGAUGUUGUCUUCCAUUGUGCGGCCAAUGUGCGGUUUGAUCAACCUCUACGUCCGAUGGUUCAGAUGAAUGUAAUGGGCACACAAAAAGUUCUAGAGCUUGCAUCAGCGAUGGAAAAUCUCAAAGUUUUCGUUCAUGUUUCAACAACAUUUUGUCAGUGUAACGAACAAGUUGUCGAGGAACGUGCCUAUCAAGCCCAUCGAAAUCCCUAUGAAAUAAUUAAUAUGGUCAAAACAAUGGAUGAUGACGAAUUAGCCAAGGUUACGCCAGAUCUCUUGAAUGGCUUGCCAAAUACGUAUGCGUUUAGCAAAGCUUUGUCUGAAGAUUUAAUUAACCGAUAUGGAUCCAAAUUGCCAAUAGUCAUAACACGACCAUCAAUUGUCACUGCUGCAUGGAAAGAACCACUUCCCGGUUGGAUUGAAAGCAUAAACGGACCGACCGGACUAAUGAUUGGAGGAGCGCGUGGUGUCAUUAGAACCAUGUACUGCAACCCUGAUAAUUCGUCAACAAUCAUACCGGUUGACACGGCAAUAAAUGGAAUGAUUGUGGCCGCAGUGCAAAGAGCUGAAAAUCCCAAGUCUCCUGCUGUUGAAUUCAUCAACAUGUCGACAUCAACUAAAUCGUUGCAGACCUGGGGAGAAUGCAUCGAGACGGGAAAACGUUUAUUUUAUAAAACGCCACUAAGCUUCUCACUUUGGUAUCCGAACGGCGACAUAACGAAAAGUUACGCUUACUUUAAGUUCUGCGUGAUUUUCUUUCACUACCUGCCAGCAUAUUUUUUGGACUUUCUUUUAAUAUUGUUCCGGCGUAAACCAUUUCUAGUAAAGGUCCAGAACAAGGUGUCCGUCGGCAUUAAGUUGGUGCAGUAUUACACCACCAAAGAGUGGGUAUUCGAAACACAUAAGUUCGAAGCACUUCAUUCAGGUCUUAAUAGAACAGAUUCAAUUAUGUUCAACAUGGACACAAAUCAGUUGGAUUUCGAACAAUACCUCCAUAACUAUAUACUGGGCAUAAGGAAAUACAUGCUUGGCGAAAGUGACACAACAAUACCGCGCGCCCGGUCAAUAUUGAGGAUAUUGUACUUCUUGGAUUGUACAGUCAAAUUGCUGUUUUUGUGCACGGUCCUUCUUCUAGUAUGGACUCAGCUAGGAAGCUUCGUGCAGCGAAGCGACAACAUACUACAUUCAGCACUCAAGACUAUUUAUAUGUACAGAAAUAAGUCUACUGAAACCCUUUAAUAAUUUUAGAUUAUCUAUAUUAUUAAGUUUGGUGUAAGCUUAAGAAAUAAUACCUAUAAAAUAAAAUAUAGUCAUGUUUUAUAUUGGUAAAGUCUUAAA